UUCAAAAAGAGCCAGUCUAAUUUUCAUUAUCAGCGGUAGUAUUGAAAUCAUUUUAAAUUAUUUUGUUGAAAACUUGAACUUGAAGUCAUGGACCGUAAUGAAUUGAGCUCUUUUCAGGUUUCGAAUCCUUGGAUCUCAGAAGAACGAACGACUGCUGCUGUAUGUAAUGCAAUUCGUCUCGCAGAGAGAAGUGGUCACUUAAAAUCGAGGCGAGAUGAAACACUAGGUGAGAUGGCGCAGUCGUUACAAGACAACUCACCAUCACUGCAUCUCAUAAAGCAGCUCAGAGAAAUGUCGGAGAGAGGUCAACAGCUAGAUGAGACAAACAAUGAAAUUCAAUGUCGGCUGAUGGACAAGGAGACUAGAGAUAUUACACAUCUUGAUGUCAUCGAGUCCAAAGUUAGCCAGCUGGACACAAUGACUGCUCAUCUUCAAGCCAUUGUUGAGAGCAAAGACCACCUCAUAAACCGUCUUCAACAACCCUUUGUUGGGGACUCCCUCAAGGUAGAGGCCACCUACCACAGACACGUGAAAGAGCUCUUCCCAUUGGCUGCCACAAGUUUAGCAGAACUCAACGGUAACCUGGAAACCGUCCAAUGGGCAAGCGACUUUAAUAUGAAGGAUGGGAGAAUGGAUGAAACACUAAUGGCCAUUUCAACAUCAUUGGCACAGCUCCAGACAAGCUUCCAGACGAUAUGUCAACUCAGAAACACCCUGGAAAAAUGCUGACAACUAUACCCCGAGUCGUUACAAUCGGUCACAGUCUGCCUUUAUGUACAAGAGUUCUCUUAACUUAAAUGGUGAAAAUGCAAGUAAUAACACAAGUUACUGAAAUGUCCAAGAGCAUAGUAAAGACUUCACAACAAAAAGAAACUACUAGCUAAUUGUUGCAUCAGGAAUAAAAAAUAUAGUUUAAGUUUUUGCCCUUAAACCGAUUUGUAUUGAGCACUAUAUAUUCAGUACUUGUCCGACUUCUUUGAAAAAAUCCACAGAACUCGGGUGAGAUUCGAAACCAAGACCUUUGCAUUGCUAGAGCAGAUGUCUUACAAAUAGACCACCCAGCUGGUGCAAUGGCUAGAGGCAAUUCAAAUUCUUAGCAGCGGUACCACAACGCUUUAAUAGAUAUUAAUUAUUGAGUCAAGAUAAUUUGGUUUUUAGGAAACUAAUAUGUACGUGGAUAGAACUGGUAUGGUCAUUGUCCAGAAACAGCACAACCAAACAGUUUGUAGCCUUGAUAAGUCCAUGCAGUAGCAGGCAACACCUGGACUGCGUUUUGGCGACCCCAACCUAGCCCAAGCGAGUCAACAAGUCAGUUACCGUUUGGUCUGAACAUUAUCGUCACCGCACCUCAACCGAAGCAAAACUGAUUAACGCUCAACAGAUGACCAAUGUUUCUGGUUGGGGUCGCCAAAGCGCACUCCUGACUCUACUGAACCAAACACAGCUGGCUGCUUGAGAGUGAUUGGUUUGUUACUUGUUUUAGAGCUGAUGGAUAUAGUUUCACCAAACACUAUGGUCAUGUAUAAUUAUUCAUGAACUUGAUUUCACAACUCUGGUGUUUCUGAUCAGGAGAGUGUGGGUUCGAAUCCCCAGCCGUGACACUUGUGUCCUUAAGCUAGACA